UUGUCUCUUCUUUUGUGGCUUCGUCUCAAUGCCGAAUAAAACGAGACCCAUCGAAAAGUUUGCCAAGGCAACCGCCCAGUGCUCUGCAGAGGCGGCGGCGUAUGGCAAAUGCGUCGUGGCGGAUUACAAUGCAGUCCAGAAGGAUAUGUGCGCAAAGGAGUUUAUGCGUUUAAAGGAUUGUUAUCUGGCGGCAUCAAAGAAGAUAUAAAUGGCUGGUACAGAAUUUUGGCUUAUAUGGCGCUUGAGCUUUCUUUGUUCUGGCUG